GUCGUCAUUUUUAUGUCACGAUAUUUUAAGAUAGACGAGUUCACGAAUUUCAUUUUAUGUGUUAUGUUAUUGUUAGUUUUAAUUACUUUAAUAAUUUUCGCAUGCUAUAACGGCUAUACAAACUGCUUUAGCUGACAGUCGGGGAUAACUUUUCAAUACGGCUUGUGUAUUCCACAGGUCACUGUUCAAAAUAUAUUACCAUAUAUUUUUAGCUUGCUUUCGUUAUUUUUUAACGUUUACUAUGCACAAUGAUUUUGGUAGCCCUUUUCUGUGAUGCAACACCAUAAACACAUAAAUUCCACCUGUGAUUACGUUAGACUAAAAAAACCUUAGGACGAGGUUGGUAUUUCAUUUCCAAAAUUAUCCACAGGCCCUUGAUGAUAUGAGAAAAUAAAUUAAAACACAACACACAGAGCCCUGGUGUCAUAUUUGGCGAUGUUUGUUCUGCAAAAAUUAUACAACAUUUUAUCUCCAAAAUUUUGAGGGUAGGUAAACUUUGAGAACAGCUAAUUUGAUGUGGUGAAAAAUGGUUGAAAAAAAAUUUUACUUUGCCCUCGAAAAUGCGUUUACGUUCCAUGUUUUUAUAAUUUGACAUGAUUAUCACUUCGCUUCAUUAAUGUAACAUGUGCUUAUUAUAAAAAUAAUUUCACUUUCCAUUGCCCCAUUUUCAAUCACUUGUGUAUUCGAACCCAGCAUGCUUGAGACACUUUGAACUAUAAAUGCCGGUCUGGGGAUAAAGCGGUUAAACAGAUAUGGCUAAUUCUUACAGAGAAAAGUCGAUCAGGAAGAUAAUUGGGUAAGAAAGAGUAGAGACUUGAUAGUUCCUGGGGCAAAGCCCAGAGGCAGACCGAGAAAGACUUGGCAGGAGGUUAUAAGGACAGACUUGAUACAGAGGAAGUUGAGUUUAGAUCUAACACAGUCUAGAUCAGAUUGGAAGAGGGUCAUUAAUAUACCCCGUCCAACCCAUGCUAGCAUGGAAAACGGACGUUAAGUCGAGAAUGAUGAUGAUGAUUACCUUUGGCAAAGGUGUAUUUCCUGUUUUUGCUGUAUUUUCCAGCAUAACCAUUGUACCACAAAAGCAUCAGUAUUGCUCCAAUAUUCAUAAAAUAUUCUUCUGGGUUGUUUCCUGGAUCGCUUUUCAUUGGCCAAAAAUUUAUCGUGCUGUAAUAGAUGAUGUCAUAAAGAAUGUUCGGGAAGCCUUUCUGAAUGAAGGUGUUGAUGAUCAAGUUUUAAAGGAACUGAAGCAGCUAUGGGAAAGCAAACUUUUGCAAUCACGAGCUAUAGAAUUUAUGCCGGCAGAUGUAAAUGUCAGAGUCAGCCUGACUUAUCCACACAACAUGCCACAAAUGCAAGGAAUCAAUCAUGAACGACCUGGCCCUUCUCAAGCAAGUCAAGCAGUACCCCAAUCCACAACUCAUUUGAUGCAAAAUCAAUCUGGACAAUUGGUUUAUGUUAGCAGCCAUCCAACCCUUGGGAAUGUUGGCCCAAUGACAGAUGCGGGUGCCCAAGCUGUGAUGGCUUUACAAAAUGCACCAAGAACAACUGCACCUUUAAUGCCUCAACAAAUACAUGGUAUUCCACAGGCUCAAGUUAUUCAUGUUCAGACAAGCGCGCCUCAUCACCAGCAGCCAAACAUGUUUCCAGGAUUUCAUGGAGCCAGAGUGGCAACAGCUGCUGGCCCAACAGUAAUCUAUACACCUAACACACAGCAACAGCACCAACAACAACCUCUGACAGCUCAUGUAAAACAGCCUGUUAUUCAGGUUGACGGAGCAGCUGAUAAUGAAAUCACUAAUUCUCAGUGUGCAGCUUCUGUAAAUAAUAAGAAAAUUUUAAAACAAUCACAGAAUCGAUGGAAGAAUAUGAAACAUGAUGAAAUUGUAAUACAACUAGAUGGAAAUGGAGAUUUAAGUUCAGACGAGCUUGAUGACGAUGACGAAGACUUCGACCAAACUGUGAUACCUGGUGCAGCAAAUGCUGAAGGUGAAGAUAAUGUGCCUGAGGAAGAUGAUGAACCUUUAAAUAGCAGCGAUGAUGUAUCUGACGAGGACCCAACGGAUUUGUUUGACACCGACAACGUUGUUGUAUGUCAGUAUGACAAGAUUGCAAGAACGAGGAAUCGAUGGAAGUUCCACCUCAAGGAUGGUAUCAUGAAUUUGAAGUCAAGAGAUUUUGUUUUCCAUAAAGCGAAUGGAGAUUCAGAGUGGUGAUGUGAUGUAGCAAGUACAUUCGAAUAUUUGCUCGUCGUAUCCAGUUGGUGUUCAUGAGUAGUUAUUACAAUGAAUUGUGUUUCGGCUGAGUCCGUUGAAAAAAAUAAAGGGUAAUGCAUGUCGGUUUUGAAAAUGACUAUGAGGGAAAAGGAAAUGUAUAGCAUUUGAAAUUACAAUAAUAAUGCCUAACCGCAAAAGGUUGGCGGGAUAGUUGUGCGAUCUGUUAAGUGUAAUUGUGGUAUCAAUGUUUUGUUGAAGUUAAAUACUCAUUUUUCUACUUUUUUUAUUCUUUUUUUAUUUAUUAGACUGUAUGUAUGCAUAUUCACGUUUUUCUUCAUUUGCAAUUUAUUUUUGUGUUUCAA